AUGACAACACAAGUGAAGUCUAUAUUUAACCUUUCACGUCUUCAAAGUAUACUUGAUCAACUAACAACGUACACAAUCGUAUGCUUCGGUAUUUUUCAAAUCGACGAGAAUCAUAUUAAAGUCGUGAAGAAAUUACAACAAAGAUUUACAAAAAUUAAAAAAUUUGAAGACUAUAAAUUAUGUGAAGAAUAUAUUAAAACUAAUCUUUCCAAUCUAAACGAUCUUAUUAAGAAAUUAACUAAAGAUCAACAAAUUCUUCUACGAAAAGAUGAAACUUCAAGACCAAAUAUAUAUAAUCGUUCUAAACGUGAUUUUUUUUUGAUCUAUGAACAACGCAAUGCUGAAUUUCUGUAUUUUCAACUAUUUCUUGGAAGUCUUAUGAAAAUGUCAUAUGAUGAUAUUAGAGCUAAACAGAAACUAAUUGAUCCUUGGCGUAUACACUGCUCUAAUAACACAGAACAAGAGAAAAACAAUUGCAAUUUUGAAACAUCUUAUAAUCCAAUGCAAGAUGUAUAUUGGUAUUCAACGGAAAUGUUUUUCUAUUCAAUUUUAAACAAAGCAUUUCGUGAUCAAAAUAUUGAUACUUUAUUUGCAAUGCGAUAUUUUAUUCUUAAUUUAACUCACCAAUUAGCUGAUCAACAUUUAAAAGCUUACAGAAUCGUACCAUCAAAUCAUGAAGAUUUAUCAAAACUCUAUACAAUAGUAGCAGAUAUUUAUCAAGGUAACAAUCAAUUUGAGUUAGCGGGAAAAUAUUAUCAAAAGGCGCUGGAUUCAACCUCAGUCUAUUUUUCUGAAAACCAUGUUGAAAUUGCAGUCGUAUACACAAAUUUUGGAGCUUUAUAUAGUAAACUCGGUGGAAAUGCUGAAGCACUGGAUUAUUAUUUUAAAGCUCGAGAAAUAUUCCUUAGAUCAUCUUUAAAAGGUCACAAAAAUUUUGUAGAACUGGAAGAAGAAAUGAAGGCGAAGACGGAAGCAAUUGUUGACAAGUUUUUCGAAUCCUACGAUAAGAAACGUAGGAAAAAAUAA